UAUUGUGAUUGGAUUAAUUCCAUAAUCCACGGCAGUCUGUACCAUUUAAAACAGAAGCAUGCAGGUUUCUAUUUGUUUAAUCGUCUGUCUAGUGUUGAUGUCCGUUGAAGUUAGUCAGGCAAAUGAGAUAACUCCGGAAGGAUAUGGGCUAAGUCAAAAUCUUAUGAAAAGAGCUGUACCAUGUGGGGUAGAAUUUUGCACAUCUUAUAAACCAUGUUGUAAUGGUAACGCCUGUCGUGGAGGAAGAUGCAACAAUUGUGCUGGACAAAUUUGUAAAAAUACACGUGAAUGCUGUCUAGACCACGUUUGUUCUUACAAAAUUUGUAUGCGCCGGAAGACCAAUGGUGGACCAACUCAUCCAGUUUGAGAAAAUCACCUGUCAUUUAACUUUUAAAUGCAAAGCUUAAUGAAAGAAACAUAAAUCACUUAAAUAUAACUAUUAACUUUGUGUUUUUCUUUAAAACGUUGUAAUGCACUCUGAAUAAUACAAACUUAAUCCACUAUUCGCCAAAUGUAAUCUUUUUAUCACACUUUAGUUUUCACUACUGUCAACAUAAACAACUGUAUCAUAUGUAUGUUGUUGCAACCUGUGCGUUAUUUAAUAAAAUUAUAUUUUUUACACUUA